CAGUUCAUUAGAAUGAGCAAAUGCUUUAUUCUCCAAUCAUCUCCGGCAACCGUGGCAAAAGCCGAUCACUAACUUCCUUGCCACGGUACAGUGCGGUUCGAGUGUCUGUCUUUUCUUGUGUUACGCUCCAGUUUUUGUGUGAAAUUUAUGUGGUUUACUGCGUAAUAAUGUGUUGUUCACUGAAACGGGUUCUCUUAUUAUUUGGAUUUCUGUAUUUCAUGUCGCGUGCAUGUGGACAAGAAGAGAAUUAUUUAACGUGCGGUAGACGUAAGGUGCAGUCAGUUUUCCUUAUCCAAAAUGGUGUGGACGCCAAGGCCGGUCACUGGCCGUGGCAUGCAGCAAUCUUUCAUGGAAAUGGGCGGCAAGAAGAAUAUCAAUGCGGUGGAUCAAUCCUGGAUCAGAAUACCAUUCUCACAGCAUCCCAUUGCGUGUAUACACAUAAAAGUGUGAUCUCUGCCGCUCGCGUGUCAGUACAUGUGGGACAAAUUCAUCUGAAGGAGACAAGCGAAUACACGCAGAUACACGGUGUCCAGGAUAUAAUACUCCAUCCAGAGUUUAACAGUAACAGCUUCAACAAUGAUAUUGCCCUGCUCAAGCUGAGCACCAACAUCACAAUGACUAAGUACGUCCAACCAGUCUGUCUGUGGACCAUGGACAGCAACCAAGAGAUGAUCGUGGGUAAAAACGGAACGAUAGUUGGAUUCGGUUUGAACGAGCAUGAUGUUGUGUCGGAUCAGCUCAAACAAGCCUUGGUGGGUGUGGUGGAUGCGUUGACGUGCAUUAAAAGUGAUCGUGCUGCAUUUGGACCAGUGCUGACGUCGGAAAUGUUCUGUGGGAAAGGACGGACCGGUGUGGGAGCAUGCAACGGAGAUAGCGGUGGUGGCAUGUUCUUCGAAGUCAGUGGCAAAUGGUUCGUGCGAGGCUUGGUAUCGUUCACUCCCCUGCGUGGAAAUACCGGUCUGUGUGAUCCGCUUAAGUAUACUGCCUAUACCGAUGUGGCCAAGUACCUAGAAUGGAUUAAACAGUACAUUGAUCAUCGAGUGCUAUCCUACGAAAGCGAUGUGCUGGACAUAGAUUACGAGGCAAAGCUACGGCUGUUCAACUUUAAAACUUGUGGCGUAAAACAAAUGAUUGUUGAUACUGACGGUAUAUCAAGAUCGUCGAUACCCUGGAUUGGGUUUGUCAGGUCACCAAAUGAAACUAAAUCUAGAUGUGUUGUUACUCUCAUAAGCGAAUGGUAUGCGGUAGGACCAGCUCAUUGUUUCCAAAGAGACAGUUCUGAUGCAUACGUUUUGCUAGGCUUCCUUGUUGAUCAGACAUCGCAAUGCUUACGAUCUUAUGAAUCUACAGUAUGCACUCAUCCUGCACAAGAGCGAAACAUUCAAAAAAUCAUUAUGCAUCCAAAGUUUGGCCCGAACAAUUCUGCAGACAACAUUGCACUGAUAGAGCUGCAGCGCCCAGCAGACACCAGCCAGCCGCACGUGAAGCCUAUCUGCCUGUCGGUAACGCCCGAGCUUAGAACGAAAGCAAUGACAAACUUACACGUAGCAACGGUUUCAAAGGAAAACAAUUCCUACAAAAAUACUCCUGUCCGCUAUCUAGAGCCCGCCGAGUGUAUGAAAGAGUACACCGAAAAGAACAUUACGUUGAACCUGGAAGGUAAACGACUCUGUGCAGAAAUAGCAAACAAGGACAAACAAAACUGCCAGACACUAAUAGCGGGAUCGCCGCUCCAGGAGAUGAGAAUAUAUCAUGUUCAGGAACAAUAUUUUCUGCGUGGAUUCGAGCUUCUUGGGCAAGCAUGUGGUGCAUUUGCGUCGCCAAUUUACAACAAUAUUGAAACAUAUAUCGAUUGGAUACUGUACAACAUGAGAUACAGUAGUCUGGAAGUUGCGGAUGAUAAUUCAACUGUUAACACAACUCAACAAACACUCGAGACGGAGUGGAGCAUGUUGCAGCGGCAGCCUGGAAAAGAAAAUUUGCAUCUUUUCGAUAUGGAUACCUGUGGCUUACCCAGCACGCACGAUCAGUCUUUAGGAGAGUUUAGCAUGCCAUGGGUUGGGCUCUUUGGAGCGGUACAAAAUGUUACAGACAAGGUGUCUUCAAUAAAGAGUUUAGCUGUUCUUAUUAGUGAAUGGUAUGCAUUGAUCCCGAAUCGUACUAUAAAUGACGAUGUAACUUGGCGAUUUUUACUCCUGGGUCGGUAUAAUCCAGAUAAUAAUACCAACUGCUACAAUGGCACAUGCGAAGUAACACACCAGCUGGUAGAAAUCAAAAACGUUAUCCUUCCUCCGGCCAACCAGCAGAUGUUUGCACUGAUAGAGCUGCUCGAGCCCGCUAAUCUAAAGAUUCCCUACAUCAGACCAAUUUGUUUGCCCUUCAUGGACCAGCUGCACCAGUACAAACCCACCGAAGUGAUAAUUUCUUCUACACGCGAAAAUUCGUUUGCCAUCGAAAGCAAAAAGUUAAAAAUGAUCGACGUCUUGAAUUGUCAGCAAAAUUUACUACUCGAAGGUCACUUUGUCACUUUCACCGAGAACUUUCCGUGUGCAAUCGAGGCGGAAAACUUUAGACAAACACCGUUAUCCUCUCACCUGGGCAGUCCGUUACAGUCAGCGGUGUGGUACGGAGGACGCAAGCGCUACUUUCUGUACGGGAUUGAUGGUAACGAGGAGCAUAUAUUCAAAGACUUGAUCCAUGGACCAUACAUGUUUGGAACGAUUGAAAGGGGAGAUCUUGACUGGAUUGUGGAGAGUAUGCGGGAAAACGAGCGACAAACUUCAUCCAUCAGCACUACGAAGAAUGAACGCAUUACUUUGAGGCCUGUUCAGCAUGCUUCCAAGGGGGCUUUGUUUAACUUUGGCACCUGUGGGGAAUCAUCCAGCAGCUUUCCAAUGCCAUGGAUGGGAUUUGUCUCAUCUAAUAAUGUAACCAAAAGUUUCGCAAUAGUAAUAAGCGACCGUUUCGCUGUUGGUCCCGCUCAUUAUGUGGAUGAUGUUAGUGCAGAAUACGAAAUGACGCUUGGAUACCCUAACUUUCAAGCUCUUUGGAAAGAGUGUUCUACGCUUAAUGAUUUUGCAUUAUGCUCACUUCCUUCGCAGAAAAGACGAGUUCAGAAGUUUUUCGUUCAUCCGAUGUACAAUAGCACUAAUCAUGCUAACGGCAUUGCACUGAUUCAGCUUGCAACUCCUGUGGUUACAUCAUUACCGAAUGUAAAGCCCAUCUGUUUGCCGUUCAUCGAUACGGUUCGAAGUUAUUAUACUUCAAGCUUGGUUAUGGAUGUUAUAGGCACCUCGUUUGCUGACAUCAAAACGCUGGACGUGAAGGACAGAUACAUCAACCCGCUCGAAUGUCGUGAACGGUGGGAAGGCUUGAAGGUGAAAUUUACUAUCGAUAGCAUGAAACAUUGCGUGAUUCCAAAACGAACGGAGGAAGAUGAGUUGUUUGAUGUACAGCCCGGCUUCUCGCUUCACUCACUGCAGACGCAUGAAUCGAGUGAAAAACACUUUCUGCGUGGAUUUGUUAUAAUUAAACCAGGGACUUUCAGUACUUAUUAUCCUGUAGUUUAUACAAACACUGAUGCUUAUUUGGAUUGGAUAUUGGAAACAAUGGAGCCGCCAGCAAGCCUACCGUUUGAUCUGCGAAAGGAACUAAUUUUUAGUGAUAAAUAAAAAACGAAGUUCAUCGUUUUCUGCUAGGAAAACGAACAAUUAAUACGGGAUUUAAUUCGUUGCUAACGAUCUAUUGUGGUAGAGACUAAUGAAAACCUUAUCCCUUUCAGCUUUGAAAUUUAUUCUUUUAAAUUAACACGUUAUAUACUUCAUCCCAACUGGAACCAACAUUCCUAACCUGUCCGAUUUGUAUAGACUACAGAUUAUUUUGUUAAGUCCCAUGGAUUUGAAUGCCAUCUGAUAAUUGUAUAGAGACACCCUGUAGCUGCAAUUUUUUUUUUUCUGGAAUUGCGUUUUGUAGCGCUAUAACAGUUACCUGUAACAGUCUGUAAUAAUGCAAUGAAUAAUAAAAUCGAGCUCAACAGAAAAGA